UAUUUGUUACAUGCACAUGAGGGUUCACUCAUCCAGCAAGCUGACUGGCUAGCACUCAUCCCAGUCGGUGUAGUACUGGAUAAAGUCACUAGCUAUUUAAAGGGGAGGAAGGGCAGUGAUUCCCCUAGGAGGAUGACUGCUCUCAUUCAGAGCCAGGAAUAGUCUGAUUUUUUUUUUUUCCUGCACUUCAGGAAAAGCGAACACACAAUGUCCAUUUGACGGGAUCAUUUCCUGAACAUGAUGUGAGCUGCACUGUCUCCAGGUCACUUUCCAGUGUGUCACAUCCUUCUGGACAAGGGGGGGGAGGAAAUGGCAAACUCCCACUAUGAGGCAAAGCAUUCCCACUGCAGCAAUUGGUUCGUGGGAACUAUAAAUUGGGUUCAUCCAGAAACAGCAUAAAAUUUGUCCUUGGUGAGAUUGGCUGGAAACGAAAGGGCCAUGGAGAGAGAUGCUAUAACCUUUCCUCCAGCACUGGACCCUACACGCCACUUCCAAAUGCUGCUGCUGAAUCAGAGAAGUAAGCUGCAUGGCCAGAUCAGGAAGCUUCGCAAGAUUGCACGAAACAUCAACAAGCUGCGCAGGCGAUCCCUGAUUGCAAACAUCACUGGGAGUUCCCUGAGUGCAGUAGGAGCAAUCACAGCCAUCGUAGGGCUCUCCUUGAGCCCUGCCACUUUAGGGGCAUCUCUCCUGGCUUCUGCCGUGGGCCUAGGCGUAGCAUCUGCCGGAGGGGCUGUCAAUGUCACUUCCGAUCUCUCCUUAGUGCUCUCUAACUCCAGGGAACUGAGAAGGGUGCAGGAGAUUGCAGUGAACUGUCAGAACCAGAUGAGGGAAAUCCUGAGCUGCCUAGAAUUCCUCCACCGUGGACAGGGCCCAAUGGACCCCCUGUUGCUUCAGUCAGAGAAAAACGCUUCCAUCUCACUGUACAAUUCCAUCUGCUUCAUGGUAUUCUACGGUUCGCGCAACUUUCUUGUGCCAGAGUACACGAGGGAGGUCACAAAGGUGAGCCAAGCUGUGCUAAAGGCAAAAAUCCAGAAACUGGCUGAAAACCUUGAGUCCUGCAUCAGAGCAAUGGAUGAAGUCUGUGAACUCUUAGAAUCCAGAGCAGAACUUUCCUCCAACACAAGAAACCCCAGCUCAAGUGCCAGGAUCACCAUCAAACCCCAGGGAUCAUCCAGCUGAAACAGCCAAAACCAAAAGUGUGGGGUUAGAGAUGCCAUAUUAGUCAUUAUUUUUAUUACUGCUGUUAUUUUUACAAGCAUUUGUGGCACCCAUCCCCACAGCUGAGAACAAGUUACAAGAUUCUGAUUUAAAUAUGUCAGCAAGCAUGUCUCUAAAAGGGAGCUGAUGCUUUUACCUCCCUGCAGUACUGAACUAAAAUAUGAGGUUAUGAUGGAGAUCUAGUCUGUAGAGUAAAUGACAAGAACGACUCCAGAGGCUACAUUUAGUGGAAGACCAGUAGGGUAAAUGCUGGAUUAAAGGCUAAUCUGCCAACAUUUCCUUGGCUCCCAUCUGGUGCUGCUCCAUGAUGGCAAAGAGGAAUCGGUCUGGAGUCAGAUCAAAAGGCUCCUUACCUGGUCUUGCUCCCUGGUUGUAAAUAACCUAUGAAUUCUUCUUCUCAUAGAGGUAAAGGGAGUGAGAUCUACUGAUAUAUCUAGCACUCACAAAUUUCCUAUUAAAGUAGCCAGAGAUGUGACAAACUAUAUCCACUAGACUGCAGUACAGCACACAUAAUAUCUCAGCAGGCGCUAUGCACCAAAAAGUAUGCUUUCCCUUUUAAAGAGAUAUUUUCUUUGCCACGUGCUGUGGGACAAAGUGGAAAUUGUGAUUUUAUUUCCUAUUUAUUUAUAUAGAGUUAUUUUAAGCCUUUAGAAUUGUAUUUAAAGAAGAAAAAAUGAUUAAGAAAGUUAAAAAGAAUGGCUUCCAACCCAGAGGGAAGCAUUCCACAGGGCAAAUAUCUGAUGGAAAGUCUCCUAUUGACUCACCAGCCAGCGCAACACCCUAUCAAAAAGGAAGAGAAUUGUCUGAAUUCAAAUAGGCACAAAGCAUGUAGAUUGCAGGAAACCAAGUACAGGUCUUGGGAUGGGAGGGGGAAAAAGUGGAAAUGGGGAACAAAUCCCUGAACAGGAGGGCUCACCUCUUGAAAUAUGUAGAGGAGAGUGACAGUUCCUCAUGCAAAAAGAUUGUUCCAGUUGUAAGAUGUGGCAGGGGACUUGAUAGAGAUGUCAAUAGUUAGGUGUCUUUGGGUAUCAGUGUGAAGGUGGCAGAUCUCAUGAGACAGCAAUACACUGUUAGCGAGUGCUGUGGAGGAUUCUGCGGUUGGGAUAUACAUUGGUACUCAUGAAAGAGAGUGAUGUAGAAAAGAUGGGUAGUCCAGUGGUUAGGGCACUAGCCUAGCACUUAGGAGACCCUGCUCUGCCUCAGACUUCUUGUGUGACA